AUGUGGGGGACCUCAAAAGACAUCUCAUCGCCAGCUUUCUUUGGGCGCCCAAACGAAUUUCGGGCCCUCCCAGGCCCGGUGUGGUCGCCGCCGCGGCCCCCGGCUAGUUGCCGACGCUGUUUAUCCACUCUGCAAAUGCUGGUCGAAAACAGACUAGCUUGUUUUCCAGCUGUUGAUGAUGAUUGGAAGUUGGUACCGGAAAGACCGAUAUGGACAUGUUUCUGGAAGUUUAUAGAACCUGGAAAGCUAUCUUGCCUGAGGACCCUUCGGGGUACCACCAAUCUUGAGGAUGCCGCUAGAUUACUUCUGGAGACAAAAUGCCGCCUCCUUCCUGUCGUGGACGAUAAUGUCAAGUUGGUUCGCGGCUCCCGGCGGUUGUCGAGCGGGGCUGGGACGGUCCUCUUCCAGAUGGUCAGGUUUGGGUUCUUCCUGUACAGCUCUUCGUGCCAGACCGCUUGGGCCUUCUUCUUCCCCCUUGCCCUCCGGAAUGUAGAUCUCGACUGA